AUUUUGGGUACUGGAAGCUGCGCGGAGGACGGCCGCAAGCAUCUAUCAUGUUGGGCGCUGGGUUCAAGGCUGAGCGCUUGCGAGUUAACCUGCGCCUUGUCAUCAAUCGCCUCAAACUGCUGGAGAAAAAGAAGACUGAGCUGGCCCAGAAGGCAAGGAAGGAGAUUGCAGAUUAUCUGGCAGCCGGAAAAGAUGAGCGUGCCAGGAUUCGUGUGGAGCACAUCAUCCGUGAAGAUUACCUUGUGGAGGCCAUGGAGAUCCUGGAGCUGUACUGCGACCUGCUGCUAGCCCGCUUCGGCUUGAUUCAGUCCAUGAAGGAGCUGGACUCUGGCCUGGCAGAAGCAGUAUCUACACUGAUUUGGGCUGCACCACGACUCCAGUCAGAAGUGGCUGAGUUGAAGAUUGUUGCUGACCAGCUCUGUGCCAAGUACAGCAAGGAGUAUGGGAAGCUGUGCCGGACAAACCAGAUUGGGACAGUCAAUGACAGGCUGAUGCACAAGCUGAGUGUGGAGGCACCACCCAAGAUUCUGGUGGAGAGAUACCUCAUCGAGAUUGCUAAGAAUUACAAUGUGCCCUAUGAACCUGACUCUGUGGUGAUGGCUGAAGCCCCUGCAGGCGGAGAGGCAGAUCUGAUUGAUGUGGGAUUUACAGAUGAUGUGAAGAAGGGUGGCCAAGGAGGGGGAGGAGGUGGUGGGUUUACAGCCCCAAUGGUUGGUCAUGAUGGAUUAGUACCCAUGCCAGUGAUGAUGCCUAUGCCCAUGCCAACACCAACUCCGCCCUUCUCCUACCCACCUCCAAAGGGACCGGAGAACUUCAGUGGUGUACCAGUGGGGACCUAUCAGCCUUUCACCAACAUUCACCCACCACCAGUUCCGGCAAACCCACCAACAUAUGAGUCUAUUGCCGAGCCUAACGCUGACAAGGACACUCCUGCGCCGGUGCCUGGGCCCGGGCCCAAGUCGGAGGCUUCUCCUAAACCACAAGCUGGAGCUCCUAAUACCAUUGAUAACUUUGUGCUGCCUGAACUGCCAUCUGUACCAGACACGCUGCCAACAGCAUCUGCUGGCGCCAACUCUUCUGCCUCUGAAGACAUUGACUUUGAUGAUCUUUCUAGGAGAUUUGAGGAGCUGAAGAAGAAAACAUAAAACUGACUGGGCUGUAACCCCAAGGUGAGGGGCAGGAGCUGUGAUGCCUCUUCUCACUGAAACUGACUCCCGUUGAAAUUUGUUUUAUCUGUUAACCUCAAAUGAAUGCACUCUUCUCUUUGA